AUGGCGAAGCAUGCUGCAUCCACCGAUAAUCAAUGUGCCCCGAAGCGCGUCAGAAUUAAUGAAGGGACUUGUCUGGCAGCGUCGUCACCCAAGGCAGAUGAAGGUGCCUGGCGCAUUCUGGAAACAUUCCUUAUGACUGACACCACAUACCCUCAGACAGAAGAGGCAUUUGUAUCAUAUCUGGGUGAUCGGUACUCAGCGGAGGACUGGAAGGAUGCGCUAGCCGCGUUAUUCUCUGGUGACGGCGAUGAUAUGAUUGUGCCAUUCAAUCCCUACAUCAACGAUAGAGCAGAAGUAGAUGAUGAUGAUGAUGACGAUGAUGAUAAGGAGGAGGAGGAGGAGGAGGAGCAUAGACUAUUCAACCGCUUCAUUGAUGACCAAGCAAGGAAUUCCGACGAGGAUGAUGCUGAGGAGGAUAUAAAUGGCUCCUCUGUGCAAGUGUCUAACAUUAUGUCUAUGCCAGGUUCAUCUGCCAAGAAUAGGUUGGCCGCUGCGAUCGAUGAUAUCGUAGGGAAGUAUCAAGAGAAACCAAGGUAUUCUUCAAGGGGACACCUUCCUUACAAAGCUGCCUGGUCUCCCAGCACAGUUGAAAAAGGAUGUAUCUCCUUCAAGUUCACAGUACAUCUAUUUCUAAUCCUGUAUUAUGUCACUCAUCGCGUUACAAAAACUGCUACCCAAUAUAUCGCUGAACACCUUCAAAGCAAAGGAUUUUCUGUUACUGUGUCGACUUGGGUGCCAGGCCAACUCUAUGUAGUCUCAGAGAGCCCCAAAACGAUUUCAGCCCAUCUUCCGCCCUCGCAUAAUCUCUUGGUGAGAGAAUAUCUCCGCAUCUCAGAGGAGGAACGCGAAGCGGUGGAAUGUUCGAAUGUCAAACUUCCUAACCCGUUGUGGGUCAGGAUCAAGCAUGGCAAGUAUAAGGACACCAUAGCGUACGUGUUUGAUUCCGAGGAAUCCAAUUCCUUUGUCAAGGUCCUGGUCCCUCCACGAGAUUUUCCUUAUCCCAUGGCUAAGGGAUCUGUCACACUACUGGACUCUUCUCGCCUUCCGAAGAACAACACAGUGACCGACAUCACUCACGAUGAGGAAGUUGUAGGAUGCUCGUACAAAGGAGCAAAGUAUUACAAGGGACUUCUACUGAAGGACUGUCACUGUUAUCACUUAGAAUGUGUGGCCUCCCCCCACGUCAAUGAUAUUCAACUGCAUCUGCAGUCCGGGUGGGACACAUCAUUCAUGAAGAGAACAAUUAUGGCGUUUUUGAUGCAGUUCCUGCACGCAGGAGAUGCAGUCAGGAUUGUCAAAGGAGAAGUUCAUUCAGAAACCAGCACGGUCUUGUCAAUAGACCAUGUACUUGGUUCCGCAUGCGUAGAGCUCACCUUUGAUGGAGAUCAAGUCGAAAUGGAAGUUCAACUGCAGGAUCUGGAGCGGGUCUUCUGUAUUGGGGACACAGUAUGGGUUGUAGUGGGUGCGUACUUGGGCUUGGAAGGGCACGCCAUUCAAAUAUCAGGUGAUAUAUUUCACAUUUGUCAAGAUAUCUCCAAGGAAGAGGUCCAAGUAUCAAAGUACUACUUGGAUCGUCAUCCCAUAAAUCAUACAUUUCAACCACGACUCCCAACAAUGCAGCAACAUUAUGAGCCUCCCCCUGACGAAUCCAUCCAAGUCAGAGACCCUAUAGAAGUUCUCAUGGGGGAGCACAUAGGAAAAUGCAGGAUCGUGUCAUGGUUUCCUGUGGGAGUGGUGCAGCUGUGGUUCCGAGAUGCGAACCCAGUCUUCAUUGAGGACGAAACUGAGUACUUGGGACCUCCAAUUAUUCAAGUUGCCACCACAUUUGUUCGACGGACACACCUUUCCCAAACAAUCACCUAUACAAAAGAAAGGGGCUAUGACAUCAGGCCUGGAGAUGUUACAUCCUGGGAUGUCAACUCUCAGGAUAUCAAUACUACUGAUACCAAUACUGCGGAGGGUCCUUUGUUAAGUGUCGACCCCAGUUCGUCGACACUCGACCCCUGGACUGUGGAUGCACAAGACAUCCAGGACAGUAUCAAUACCAGAGCUGAAAAAGUUCAAGACAAUGGCCCUUUACCUUGGUUGAUGUCUAGGGAAUUUGCUUUGCAGUUCCUGACAUAUCAUGCACUGUUGAAAGUCUCAUUGAAGUUCAAUGGAGGUGGAGGCAAGCUUCACAGACGAUUUGUAUCAACGGCCUGUCCUGACCCGUUCUGCGGUGCAAACGGACCCGCACCCGAGGGUUUUGUCGCAGUGUUUUGCGCAUCAAGCAAUAAGGGCGCUAUGCUUCAACACUAUCAUAUCCCCACCAGUGAUCUGUGUCCAGCACCUCCACGCAGAAAGAAUCAACUGUGCCUUAUUCUGGACGGGGAUUUUCGGGGUCAGAUACGAACUGUCUCAAAGUGUAAUGUUAAGCUCAGUACUGCUGAGCUUGUGAUUGAGGGUUCGGAUGCUCCUAGUAUUAGCUUGCGUUUUGACCAGAUAUGUCUCGUGGAAUGUUUCAUGGUGCCAUAG